AUGUGCACUCAUCCUGGUCCCCGUCGAGGAGUGUUGGCGUCGACGCUAAAAGUAACAGGAAGCCAUCAGCACUUGGUGGUAUCCAUCAGUGACCCUUACUCCUCGUGGCUGACGAAAAGGGAUAUCCGAUCCAAGCGUCUGGAAUCUCCCCCCGCGAGCAGUUCGUCUGGACUGGAUGUUUAA